GAUAACGAAUAACGCUGCCUCGACGAUCGGUUGGUUGGUAUCUUGCCAGCGACAAGCUGGAAAUUGAACUGAUAAUAGACAUGAUAAGAUAUAAAAAAAUGUUUUGGAUUUUUUGUUCGAUGUGCCUUGAUGACAUGGGUCGGAUAUAUAAUCGUGGCUAUUCCUGUUAUUUGGUUAACGUUGAAAACUUUUCAUUGAUUUUCCACUUACGAAAUUCUCACAUGCAAGUAUGAGCACACAAAUCAAAUUUUGUGACGCUUGACAUACUUUACAUACUUAUAAAGUUGCUUUAGUUACGCAGCACUGGUGGUGAAAACUGAAAUGCAAUAAUGGGCAAAUUUUAAUAUUAUAGAAGUCAGAAUGUCAAAAACUCAAUGUCAAUGGAAGUCAAAUCUAUUCCAAACCCUUUUCACUCUACCACCGAUUAUGAUUGCCGCAAGCACUUGACACCGCGCAUUCAGUAUUGCUUUGAUAAGACCAUCAACCUGUACAGUGUUUCUACCACGAAUGGUCAAUCACACAGUGAUCCGAAGAUGCCACACACAAAUCCUAACCCUCGUCACCAGGAGCACGAUAACCCAACGUUCGAUUUGAGCUGGGAUUACGGAUAUGACGCAGGGUUACGCAUUGCACCAACAAGCAACGUGGUUCCCGUAGUUCACACCGGAGAAAAUCGAAUCAUCACUGCGCAACCUCAACAACAACAAGAUAACGGCCUGACCCCCGACUCAGCUAUUAGGUCCAUAAACAGUCCUUUUCUGACGCCAUUCAACCCCAGAUCUGGCCUGGAUUUUCUGUACGGACUCGCUUCGGUUUUCAUCGAGCAAACGUACGAACUCAAUGAGUUUCUAUCGGCGGUUUCCUCGGAUAAUCGCUACACCAUUCGUGGUCCGUCCAACGAGGCACUCUAUGGCGUGUCAGAAAGCUCCGACCCCGGUGACCGCUGCUGGGGCUCGCUGAGACCCUUUCAACUGUCGCUAGUCGAUCGAAGUCAUCAUGAGGUGGUGAUGCUCAAGAAAAACCUUGGCUGUGGGAUUUUCUGCUGCUUUUGCAAAAACCAAUUCCUAGAACUGUGGGCAACGCCAGGAAUACUGCUCGGAUGUGUUCAGCAGGACUACGGUUUAACGUCAAGGGAAAUCAUCCUGAUGGACGGAGACUUGAACACAAUGUUCAGGAUACCGAUUUCACUGGGGAACGCAAUUCGUAUGCCUAAGGAAGCUCAUUUUCUAGUUAUGGAUAAGGACUUGCGUACCCAGAAGGGAACGAUUACCAGAGCGUGGAAUGUUGGCAGCUCCGCGUACACCAACAAUAUCUACUUCGCGGAACCGGAACUGGAUGUGCGACUCAAGGUCCUUUUCGUGGGAGCAGCUUUCUUGCUAGAAUAUAUUUAUUUUCAAUCAAAUUGUUGCUGAAAUAUUACCAAACUCGGACGGCGUGCUUGAACCACUUAAAUGAGCUUUACUUGCAGCUGGGAUGAGAUUUUCUCACCCAACUACUAUUGAU